AUGGAUGUUAGCAAAUUGUUAAAAAAUGUAAACAAUCUAAACGAUUAUAUAUCAGCAACACAAGAUUUAAUAACUAAAUUUUCAAACUCAAAAAUUCAAUUCAACAUGUCGACUGUCCUUGCAUUGAAUAAAAUUAGAUCAAUUGAAAUUGAAUAUUUUAAUAAGUGUGAUGAAAAUGGUGUGGCUUUAAAGAUAUUAGAACUUAUGUUACAAACACCGCCGUCAAAAACAUGGGGUCUGCUUGGAAAAGAACUAAUAUCAUUGAUGCGAUAUUGGCUGGAUGCUCUUCGAAAGCAUCUGAUAGUGCACAAUAACCAUUGGUGGAAUUUCUUGAGCGUUUUAUUAAAGUUUAUACAGGAAAUAUGUUUAAAAAAUCGCGCUUUAAAUGAUAUUCUAGUUCAAGAAACAGCAGAAUGUUUAUUAGAUAUUGCAACUAGAAAUCAACCAAAUAUAGUCCAGAGAUACAAAAUAAUUCAGUGUUUGAACAAAUUCUGCGCAGAAUCUAGUAGGGAAGUCAGAUUUGCACUGAGAAUAAAAUUGGAAUUUUAUUUCAUAAAACUGUCAAGAAUAAUGGUAUCAUGCGGUGAUUUGAGAACCCAGUAUGGCAUAAUUGAAACAUUAUUACGAUGGCUUAUACCCCGACAAGAUUUGGCAGUGCGAAGGGAUGCAUCUGCUAAAUGGUUUCCUAGUAGCUUAUAUGGGAGUAAAGCUGUUGACAUAUUCUUAAGGCGACAAUGGCAGAAUUUCCUUAGGGAUGCAAGGGAUUUCUUGAAUGCACUCAACGAAGCUAGCGAUGAUGUUACUUCAGUGCUUUGCAGAAAAUUUUCUGUUGGAAAUAUACAUUUAAUUUCUGGCACAGAUAAAAAAGACUAUUGGCUUGAUCUGAAUACCGGUAGCAAAUGUAUAUCCGUGAUGUUGGAGCCUAAACUUUUAGAAGUUUUAGGCAGUUCAUUUUCUCUAUGCGAAACUUUGGUUAUAAACGAGGAUAAUACGAAUGCCAUACAAAUGCACGGUGGUUCGGAAAUUCUCAUAACGCUGACAGUGAUGGACCCUCAAAGUAUGCAUCCGUCGAAUGUUCUCGAAGGUUGUGACGUCACGAUCGCCAUAAGCAGCCGAAGCGACUUGGGUAGAGUCGAUAGAGUUUUGAGAAACAUCUUCGAUAAUAAAUACCAGUUACUAAUAGAUAUAAAAAAAUCUAGACAAUUAUCACCAAUAGGCAAACAUGAAGGAUCACGAGGAGAUAAAUCCGAAGACGAAGGGAGGUUCUCUCAUCCUGUAGAUUUUCAGCGCAGGAAACAUUCAGGUUAUAUAAUCAGGCCUAGGAACCCAGUCUCAUGGCAGUCACCCUCAACCGCGUCGACUUCUUCACUGGCUAUGCUACGCGAGAAACUAACAGCUUUCCCAGGGUACAGAUUCGAUAAAGAGCCAGUGAGUGUAUGUGCAUUGCCACAGUUGUCCAGUGUCACAGAAGUGAGCGAAACGGACGAGCGUUACGGGUCCAAUGCGUCUCAAAGUACACUGAAAAUUCGACCUUACGGCGUUUGUCAUAAGAAAUACAGAAGUUGCACGGACAGGACGUCUCACAGUGAUACAGAAAGUGUGAAAAAGAAAGAAGAUAAAACUCCAUGCAUAUCCCCUGUAAUUAAUGAUGAUGAUAACUCUAUCAGCUGUCUUCUCGUCGCUACGAUCGGAUCCGCUAGUGAUUCUGUUAUAAACGACACGUUAGAACGUUUACCGAAGGAUAAAAAUGUACACACAGAUAGCAUAGUCGAUAUGCUAGCACAGGAAGCUUUGAAUUCCUCGCGCAAAAUCGAUGAAAUUAAAUUUGACAGCGGCGUCAUAACAAGUGAAAAAAAAUCACAGGACAACGAUUGCUUGAUAGAAAAUACACCGUUCACAAAUAUUACAGAUAAAGUUAAAAAAUCUAACAUAAAUAAAAAGUCUAAUAGAGUUAAUAAUUCUACGACAACCGAUGAAUCAAAUACUGAAGUUAUUGAAGACACCCAACAUUUUGCUGACAUUAGAAAUAAAGAUGUAAUCAACGAUUGUGCAGUUAAGCAAACUUACGAUAUUCAAGCGGUAGAAGAGUUUUUCUCGCAGCAUUGUAUUGAAAACAGGAAGGGCGAUUUAGUUAUAAGUCCGACGUUAGCUAAGAAAAUAAAUGAGACCAGUUCGGAUACAAGUGAAUCGUUCGACUUCUGCCCUAUAAUGAAUGAAGAAGCAGACUUCAAUGAGGCAGAAAUAAUUGAAUGUAUCAAUGAAAUUGUUGACACUGUAUGUCAAGAUUUUGAAAAAUGUUCCCAAUAUUUAUAUGACGAUGCAAGUAAUAAAAAGGCGUUAAAUAAAAAUGUUAAAUGUGAAGAUAAAAAUCAAGAAAUAUUAAAAGAUAAUCGGAAACCAGUUAAAGAAAUAAAACUAAUGUUCAAAAAUACAAAGAAACAAGUAAAAACGCGUGCCAGAAAGAAAAAUAAAUUAAAUACAACGGUAGUGAAGAGGAUGUCCCCGAUAAUAGAAAGAGAUAGCGUUAUAGAACGAACAGAUACCGGAAAUAAUCCUGAUAUCCCUUCAAAACAAUCGGAUGAUUUCGAAACUCCAUUAAUAAAAAGGAAAAGGAAGUUAUAUUCGCCCAAAGAUGAUCAUGUGCUGAAUGAAAGAACAGGUGCUCAUAUAUCUGAAACUGAAGAAGAUAACACCAUUUUGUCGGGUGUUAAAAGAAAUGAGAAAACACCAAAGUCAUUGGCAACAUCCUACAAAGAUAUAGAAAAUUUACGUCGCACGUCGAUAAGGAAAUUACGUGAUCGAAAAUCUAAGAGUGUUCCAACGCUGUCGCCCCGCACUAAAAACAUGAACGAUAUGUUUGAUAAUCUUAAAAAAACAAUAGAAGGUGAAGAAAAAGUUGUUUUCGCUAAUAAAAAAACAAGAAACAAACAUUACGCAGUGUAUAAUUUUACAAGCGAUAGUGAUGAUGAAGAUUUUAAAAUUAAAAAGAAUACCAAAAAUCUUUCUCAAGCAACAAAUAAAAGUAGCUUAGAACCAAGAGAUCGACGUAAACGAAGCAAUACUAAGGUUAAUUAUUCAGAACUGAACAACGAUUCCACGGAUGAACAAAGUAAUAAAAAUAUGAAACGUAAAAACGUUCGACAGAGGAUAAAGAAAAAUGAACGAAAACCGAGAAUAUUGAAACCGAAGAACGAUAUGAUCGAUGAACGAAUGAGAAAGGCGGCACCAGAAAUGUUAAAUACGUCUUUAAUAAUUGAACAACAGGAAGUUGAAUCCAAUGAACCACAACCGUCUCAUGUCGCGCCACAAAUGGAAUUAAUAGCCGAUGAAAAUAUAGAUGAAAACAAAAUUACAAAUAAGAAGAGAUCGAAACGAAAUAAAACAGAUUUAUCUUUAAAGAAAGUAAAAACUAGACAAAGUAAAAUAGUAACAGACAUUACAAGUGAUAGGGAUAAAACAGAAAGCCCUCUACCAGGUCUUAUUAUUGAAACGGAACAGGGAAUCAAAGACGCAGAUGAAUCCAUCUCGGUACAAAUGCUUGAGAAAUUUAAAGAUACAUGCCGCGAUACUAUACCUGAUAUGUCCGAGUUAAACAAUACCCAGAAUUUAUUGUCAGAUUUAGACCAUAAUAACAAUAGCCCUAAAUUAAAUAUAACAUACGAAUUCAAUAAUGUCAACGAAAAGCAAUAUAAUUUAACACCUGUAAAAAAAAUUAAAACUGAAAAGGCAGGAAAAGAUAGAACCAAAAUAAAUAAAAGCAAAAAUAAUUCGAGGAGACUUUUUAAACCAGAUUCCAUUAACAACAAAUCUGAAUCUAAUAUUGAUAUAAUUAAUAUAUCAGAUCGCCUCGAUUUGACAUCCGAUAGAACAAUAGCAACGAUAGGAAAGUCUCCUAUAACGGGUCAUGGUGACUUUGAUGAAAUGCCACCGAGUACAAAGUAUCUAAAACAAUCCGUACAACCAAGAGGCUUAGAAACGCAGGAUCUAAAUCAAUCUAUGAAAGAAUAUUUUAAUAAACUAACAAAUGAACUUAACGAAGCAUACAAUAAUUGUUCCAAUAAUUCUAGCAAAUCAAUAGAAGACGAGAAAGUUGUUGAAAAAUCCACAACUGUAACUGCAAAUAUUGUAUUUGAGAAAUCUCCUACUGUAUCUAUACAGAGACUGUCCGCAAAAGAAAUAAGCAAAUGGUUACCGCCACGCUACAAUUCUGUUUUUGGAUCCCAUCAGAGUUCGGACAGCGGAUCAUCUAUACGACAAACUAGGAGUUGCGCGAGGAAAAGUAUUGAAUCGAAUUCGGACCGAAAAGAAAAUACUAAGGAAGUAUAUAAAUCGAUAAUAUCUCCGGUUAAACUGUUCGGGGAAUCGCAAAAAUCGAAUCGAAUCGGAAUCGAAUCGCACAAAUCGGUUUCGUCUCAGGGCGACGAUUACGUUAACCGUAUAAAAAGUUUAAUGACCAAGAAGAAGGAAGUACCAAAACCUAUUAUAUCUCAACCAAAAGCACCGAAAUACCAAUUACGCAAAUACAAAAACGUCGAUGAAAAUAAUUCUUUUAGUAGUUCUAAAGUAAGCACUUCGACUGAUUUAAAAGAUCAGAGGUCUGUUAAGAGGAAAUCGUCUCCGGUAUUCGAGCUUAAGAAAAUGAGAAAGAUUGAUGUUAGUGUGGAUAGUGUUCCCGAGAGUGGUCCAAGCUGUUCAAGUGUGCGAGACUGGCUUAGAAGGAAUGAACGUGAGCAACUUAUAAACACAGAGGAAAGUAUGGAUUUAUCGCUAAAAGAUAAUUUGGAAAACAUAAUCGAGAAGUUGGACACGACGUUGGUUGAAAUUCAUCACAAAACAAGUAAAAAAUUUGUAAGUAUGUUCGUGGAGACGCAGAAACAUCUAAAUGAGUUGAAGGAGAGACGACACGCAAUGUUCAAAGAGACCGCUAUGGAGGUUAUGUCGGAGGUAGUGAAAGUAAUGGACACGAAAUUCGCUGAUUUUGACAGAAGAUCUCAGGAACUCGAUGAGCAGUUUAUAUCUAAUAUCAAAGAAAAGGCGCAACAUCUCAUCCACGAGGACUGCAAACAGAAACGGGUCAUGGUAACACUGCUUAAGGAAGAUAUACAAUCCGUCAUACAACACAUAAAGAGAUCGAAUUAACAUCCUAUAAUAUAAAACGAUAUAAAUAAUAUACAGUUUUUAUUAAUUGUAAUUAGUUUGAAAUUAAAUAUUAUAUUUAAUAUGUAAUAAUAACACGUAGU